AUGAUGGCGUCCUUUUUGAGGGGGCCGCUGCGGCGAGCCUUUCAUACUCAACAGGUCAAGGCUUCCUGCCGAGCGCCGGUGCCAUCACGGCGGCGCCUCAGCGACGUGGCGGUGCAGGAUGCAGUGACGACAGGGGAAGACCUUGAACCUCCCUGGCUGGCCCUACGGGUCGAAGCACCGAGCGUCGCAGCCACAAAGGCCAUGGAACGUGUCAAGGCCCGAGGGUCCCAGUUCAAGGCAGGCGAAGCCCUUGAGAAACCGCAGAAACUGCUGGUUGCAUCCGUGGAGGAAGUACUGAGUCAGGCACUCGCCUUGGCCUACGCCGGACGCGCUUCGUCGAAGUGGCCGGUCGUGGCGGAGCAUUUGCUGUCGCUGGAACUUACGGCGGAGCAGGCCUUCUUGGUGUUUCACUGUUUGGUUCAGAUGGGCGACUUCGAGCCAAAGGUGCUUCGGAAGUUGCUGGAGAAGGUGGUGGAUCGCAUCGAGUGUCAGUAUUUCAGCAUGGAGCUGGAGUUGAAUUUUCAUGGCCUCGGAGGGAGAUUGGAGGGCAUCCUCAGGGCUUUCGAGAUGGACGAGAAGAACUCGUUUCAGUCCCUGGUGAACCAUCUGCCGCUGAAGCACAAGGUGCAAGUGAUGCUGCUCCAUUCCGGGCGACCGCAGCGAGGAGUCAAGGCGUCCAGUUCGGUGGCCCCGCAGAUCGAAGAGAAAGACGUCAAGCGGUCGCAGCGGGCCUGGAAGACGGUGGAUCCUGUCGAGAUGGAGGAAUGGGAGCGUGAACGCUACUUCAAGGGUCGAAUCAGGGUGCUCCGCAUGCCCAACGUGGAGGCCAAGGUGCUCCGAACUUCUCCAGGGAAGCGCCUGAAGGCCAUUUUGGCGUCGCAGCUCUUCCAGGUCCUCCCUAGCGGCGACGCCGCGACCUUGGCAGAGAUUUCGCAGCUGUGUUUCUUUCCACAACGUUUGCUGACGGGUGAUCUACAGCUUGACUUUCAGGAAACUUUGGCAAAGCGCAUUGCUUCCCUUGAGCGACAUGCGCUGCUACCCUAUGUGCUGUGCUUCGCCGCCGCUCUGCGCUCUUGUGAGGGGCCCGAAGCGUACCGCACCCUUCGCAAGCGCUUGCUGCCUGACCUGCUGUGGCUCAUGCGUGCGCGAAAGCGCGCGGAGAUCUUGCAGAACCAGCGGUUUGUUCUGCCUUUACUGCAGUUGAGGGGCCGCGAAGGAGUGCAGUAUGAACUUGCAGAGCAUUGUGCGCGGCUAAUGAUCUCCAUUUGCGGCGCGAGACAAGUGCAGAUGGACAUGGAAAUGCUGGACGCCUUGAGUUCCCCAUUGGAGGAGGUUCUGGCCGAUAGUCUCCUGUCAGGCGAUGCGGACGAAUUGAGCGGCGAGAGCAUUUUGUCCACUGAGACUCUUGCAGAUCUGCUUAGUGUCCUUGUCACCUGUAAAGUUCAGCCGCGACAGGAACUGAUGGAGCUGCUGCAUCAGCUGGUGCUCAAAGGCGGCACCGAGCUGUGGACCAUCGGAGGCGAUGUGAGUGAGAAGAGCGAUGAAGGCCCUAGCAAUUUCGGAGACCUUUGCGUCACCGCGCAUGCCUUAUCGCUGUUGCACAGCAGUCCGCAGGCGUCGCUGAAGGUCCUCUGGACCGCUGCCUGGCCGCGGCUCCACGCGGAGUCCACGGAUGUGGCCAGUUGCGUCAUGCUGCUGGACGCCUUGCUGCGUGGGGCGGAGGAGGAGCUGCUGAUGACCACGGAGCUGAGAAGCGCCAUGGAUGAGUUCGUGGUUCAACAGGUGGAUAUGGAUUUGUCCGCCCUCGGUCACUUGACGUUGGAUAUGGAUCUGCCUUCUGACAAUGUGGGGUCACAUUGGCGUGUGACGCGGAAACAAAAAGACGAGCCGAGCGAACUGGGUCAAGCUGUGGCUGACGAAACAGCUGGGCUCACUCUGAAAAAUGCGACAGGCGACUCUUUUCCCGACUGGGCCGCGCAGCGGCAGACCAGUCCCCGUGAGAUUCCCCGGCAGAGAUGUUUGGGGCCCAGCGGUGAGAGCCUACAAGUCAAUGCAGAAGCCAAGCACAAGAUGUCCUGGUUUGCUGCGGGAGACAGGGAGCGACAAGCCCUCCUAGCCGCGAUCGAAAGGGACUAUGCCCCUGAAUUGCGACGAAUCUCCCACGACUGGGUCCUGAGUAGAGGCUGUAAACUCCAGGCAGAGUCGAAGAACGACGACUCCGAUCUGGCGCCGCCCUUGCCGCGCUACCUGGAUCUUUCCGAGGUGCCAAUGGUACCCAACGUCAUGCUGAGCGCCAUGCUCGCAGCCAAGUGUCGAGACCAAAACAUCUUAGCGACGAAGGAACGCCAGCAGCGCUUCGCUGAAUACGUCUUUGCAAAUUGUGCCGAGAACUCGUUCAAGAUGAAGGAGUUGCACCUGGGACCGGACUUCGCCAAGGCUGUGGCUUUGACCUUGUCAUUUUGCAGCAGGUAUACCGAGCUGAACCUGUCUGGAAAUGCUUUGGGCGACCAAGACAUUCUCGGCUCAGCAUUUUCCAUGUCGCGUUCGGGGGACGCGGUCAAGCAGCUCACGUCGAAGAUCAGUCAUUGCGGCACCCUUGAUUCCUGGCAAAGUGGCCUGCAAUUGCUGGAUGGGGCGGAAGAGAAGAAGCUGGAGCUGGAUGUGGUUGCAUACAAUGCUGCCAUGACGGCCUGCGAAAGGGCAUCCCAGUGGCAGGUGGAACCAGUAUCCAUGGGCGCGGCCACUUUGAUCCAGGUGACCUUGGCCUUCUUGCAGAAGAUUCACCUGAAACAUCUGCGACCAAGUCAAAUCACCUAUGGCAUUCUGCUGAGUGCCUGUGGCAAGUCCAGAGAUUGGGAAUCGGCCCUCAACUUUCUCACAGCCACCAGGGAGGAAGGCAGCGAUGUCGAUGUGAAGACCUACAACGUGGCCAUGACCGCCUGCGAGCUGGCCUCGCAGUGGCAACGCGGCCUGAUGCUAAUGAAGGAGAUUCCCUGGCAGCAACGAAGCAUCGUGACCUACGGCGCAGCGAUCAAGGCCUGUAGAGCACAGUGGAUCGUGGCCUUGCAGCUACUCGAGGAGCUCAAGUUCCAACGCUUGGAGCUGAACGUCAUCGUCGUCAAUGGCGCCAUCAGUAUUUGCGCGGAGUCUGAGCAGUGGCAGCAGGCCUUGGUUCUACUGGAAGACAUGGAACUGCAACAGCUACGGCCCACAGUGGUAUCCUUCAGUUCAGCCAUCACUGCCGUUGGGACCAGCUCCUUGUGGCCUGUGGCACUACAUUUGCUCCACAGGGCGCGGCGAGUGGCCAAUGUGGUCACCUACAACGCAGCCAUCACCGCGUGCGGCAAGGGGAGACGAUGGCAGAUCGCCUUGCAACUGCUACAGGAUUUACCAUCGGAACUUCCCUCAGAAGUGACCUUUGCAGCUGCCGUCAGCGCUUGUACUGAGGCGGCCGAGUGGCCGCAUAGCCUGAAACUCUUAGAGCUCAUGGAAGAUGCCAACUGUAGCUGUCAGGUGGCCUACAACAGCGCCAUCAGCGCAUGUGAAAAAGCCGGGCUCUGGCGAAUGGCUUUGCUUCUGCUGGAGACCUUGUUGGCUUCGGGCAUGGCUGAUGUGUUGAGUUUCAACUCGGCCAUCAGUGCUUGCGAGAAGUCCAUGGAGUGGCGUUGGGCCCUGGAGUUGUUGAAGGAGCUCUGCCUCCAGAGACUCCAAGCCAGCCACGUCACGGCCAGUGCCGUAAUCAGCGCCUGUGCAAAGGUGGCGCAAUGGGCGCGUGCCUUGCAGCUGCUGCCCAAGCAGGUAGAUGAGAUCGCCUGCAACGCAGCCAUCAACGCUUGCGCGGGCGCAUCGCAGUGGCAGCGGGCUUUAGCCCUGCUGCAGUUGUUGCCGUCGUCCAUCGGAUACAGCAGCAGCAUCGAUGCAUGUCACAGGUCGGGAGAGUGGCAACAGGCCCUGCAGUUGUUGUGGCAAGCAGAGGAGCUGAGCCUCCAGCCUGAUGCGACUAGCUGCGGCCUGGUCGUCAGUUCUGCUUUCCAAGCUGCGACAAGCACGAGCCGUUCGUCGAGCCUGGUGGCCGUGGAAGUCUUGGCCAAGACCCGUUCCCAGGGUGACAUGAGUUCCGCCAAAGCUGAGGUGAUCAAGAUGGCUCGUACCAAGAUGACAGCACAGAAGUCUGCUGGCGGCAACAAACAGCGUGAAGACUUAGCUGCCAAGGCUGCGCGCAAACAGGAAUUUACUUCGUUGCAGGGUAGCUCAGGCAUGUCGGUUGAAAAGCAAUUGGAAGCUGCGCAGAAAUUCCUAAGAGGAAUUCGUUCGCUGACCUCCUACGAGGAGGUCAGGGAUAAACAGGCGCUGCAUGUGGGUGUGCAGAAAGCACUGGACAAAGUGCAGUGCUUCGCGGCAGCUCAAGCGGCUGCGUGGCUGGCACAGGUGCAGCCCGACUUCUGGGGUGACUUCCAAGCGGAGUCCUUCGGUGAGAAUGUUGCUGUGAAAACGAGGCCUGUGGAAAUCGAUCAGACUCGUUGCUUGGACUCUACGGGAGCCUGGGCAUGCGCAGAGGGAAGGGCUGCAGACAGCAAGGUCUUGAAACGCCUGAGAACCUUGUUGCUCUACGGGCAGUGGGGCGCUACACAUCGGGAUGCACCGGUGGUGGGCACCAUGAAGAAAACUCAUCGCUUUCGACCUGGGACUUUGGCACUUCGAGAAAUCCGAAAAUAUCAGAAGUCCACGGAUCUGUUGCUGCGUAAGCUGCCUUUCCAGCGUUUGGUCAAAGAGAUCGCACAGGAAGUGAAAUCAGAUCUGAGGUUUCAGUCGCAGGCGGUCCUGGCACUGCAGGAGGCGGCCGAAGCCUAUCUGGUGGGUCUCUUCGAGGAUACCAACCUUUGCGCCAUUCAUGCCAAGCGCGUCACCAUCAUGCCAAAGGACAGUCAUUUUUUGUUUUGCUUGGGACAGAUUUGUGUGGUGAACCUGGUGAACUUCGUUCAAGCGCUGCCAUGGUUACUCAUCACAUGGUCUCUGUUUAUUCUUCGCCCCUUGUCGCAGCGCAGCGUCUUGACGCCUGUAGUUGUUGGGGUUUCAAUCUUGGCCGCCUGUGGGGAGCGAUGGAUUCCGCCAUUGCUCGAUGCGGCCGAUGUGGCGCCGUGUUCUGAACGGCGGCCUGAAGCGUCUAGCAAGAUGGCGCGAACCAAGAUGACAGCACAGAAGUCUGCUGGCAACAAAGGCCGUGGCGAAUUGGCUGCCAAGGCUGCGCGUAAGCAGGCUCCGGUGGUGGGCACCAUGAAGAAAACGCAUCGCUUUCGACCCGGCACUCUGGCCCUCCGUGAAAUCCGGAAGUACCAGAAGUCCACGGACCUGUUGCUUCGCAAGUUGCCAUUUCAACGUUUGGUGAAGGAGAUUGCACAGGAGGUGAAGUCGGAUUUGAGGUUUCAGUCGCAGGCGGUGUUGGCUCUACAGGAAGCCGCUGAGGCGUAUCUCGUUGGCCUCUUCGAGGACACCAACUUGUGUGCCAUCCACGCCAAGCGCGUGACGAUCAUGCCCAAGGACGUGCAACUGGCACGUCGCUUGCGUGGCGAGCGAGCUCAGACCAUGGCCACGUUGCUCUUGAAGACGACCACUUUAACCUCGGUGGAUUUGUCGGCCAAUGACAUCAGCUGCAAAGGAAUGAAUUUCAUCCUGCGGACCAUGUUGAUCAAUAGGAGCGUGAAAGCCUUGGAUUUGUCCUCGAAGACGGGCUCCAACCGCAAUCGCUUCUCCAAGCUCAAUGCUGGUCCCUUGGAGGACCUGUUGCUCCGCAACUCCACUUUGCAGCGCCUGAGUUUGAGCACCUGCACCCUUGGUGCGAUUGGCGCGCAGGGCUUGAGUCGCGGAUUAGUGGGAAAUCAGAGCUUGAAAUUCCUGGACAUCUCCCAGAACGACCUGGGCGACAAGGGUGCCUGUUACAUCGCUUCAGUCCUCAAGGAGUCCGCGCUGGAGGAACUCAAUUUGGCAGACAACAACAUAUGUGACGAGGGACUCAUUAGCCUCGCAUGUAGUUUGGGAUCGCUGCCCAACAAGAUGGACAGCAGUAGUCCGGUGUGGUCCAGGGCCAUGGAAGCCACAAAGGCCGCUACGGCCUAUGCUGACAGCGUCACCUUCCUCCGGAAGACGGUGCUGGACGCGGACGAACAGGCCUUGUGGCCCGAGGAGGGCUCCAAAGGUAGUGCCGAAGAGAUUAAAGAUGCAGCCAAAGCGCUGCAGCUGGCCGUCAAAGCGGCCGAGGUGACAUUGCCCAAGUUGAAGAUCCUGAAUUUAACCAACAACACAGCGACGAGCAUCGGCGUGCGAUGUGUGGCCGAUGCCUUACAAGCCAACAAUGUCCUUGAGAGGCUCUCGCUGGACCAUUGUGAUCACCGAGACCCGGACAAUGGCUGCUACUCGUUGAUUGUGUCCUUACCCGUGAACUGCACUUUGAGGCAUUUGGGCUUGAGCUAUGCCUUGUUGGGCUCCAACGGAUUGAUUCAUUUGGCCAAGGUCGUUGCCACCAAUGAGGUGCUGUGCAGUUUGAACCUCUCCGGGAAUCUGGUGGAUGAAAAGUCCGCCUCAGCCUGGAAAAUCACCCUAUGCGGCAAUCGAUCACUGAAAAGUUUAGGAAUGGCUGCGUGCCAUAUCGAUGACACUGCCGGGGUCAUCUUAGCUGAAGGUAUUGGUCAGAAUCAAGGUUUGGAGUCCCUUUCCCUGCGCGACAACGCCUUGCGCAAUACCUGCGCGGAGGCCUUUGAGGAGGCAUUGCUGCAGAAUGGUCACCUCGUUCAGCUGAAUCUGGAACUGAACAGCAUCCAUUUGCGUGUCCUGUCGAAGAUCAAGCAGUUGUUGGAUCGCAACAACAAGAUUCGCGACAAAGGUUUGCCGGAUCGCUACCGAACACGCAUCGCGGAGCUGACGGAGUGUCAGAAGGAGGUGGGCCGAAUGUCCCAGGUCCUCAUGAGGAAUCGCCAAAAGAAGCGGGUUGCCCUCUGGAAACAAGCAGCCAAAGUGCAGAAGCUGAAAGAUGAAAAAGAGGCAGAUCGACAAAGGGAAGCUCAAGUGGAAGAUCGCUUGAAUGAACUGUUGGAGACCCACGAGCAGGUGGAACAGGUGAAGAGUGUCUUGUUUGUUGCCUUGGUGUCCUUUACCUUGGGCGUAGUCACCUUGAUUUUGUUGGGACCUGCAGAACCUGGCUAUCCGCCCAAGUAUGGCCAGAUUCCGGAGAAGACCAUCUGGUUUUAUUAUGACAAGGGAUUCAAUCCCAUGCCCAACCGCUUAGUGGAUCUAUGUAUCCAAAGCUUCUGUGUCAACAAUCCGGACUGGAAUUUCGAGUUCAUCAGCGACGACAAUGUCUUAGAAUACGUGAGUGCUGAGAUGUUGCCAAUGGCGUAUGGGACAUGGAAGACAACAGCCAACAAAAAAGACAUGGUGAUGGCAAACCUUUUGGCCAUCUACGGCGGAGUUGCUGCAGAUGCGACGAUUCUGAACUUUCGAUCGCUGAACGUCCUGUGGGACCACAUGCUGCGGGAUGCUGCGGAUGCCGUGAUCUACUGGUACAGACUCACCGAACCCUGGGCCUCCGUUGACAGCGCGGCCGCCUGGUUCUUUAUGGCCCGCCGGGACACGGGCAUUUUCCGUCGCUAUGCCCGCGACAUCCGGAGCCACUUCGGAGACGUGGAGCUGGACGCAUCGCGCGUGGGAGGUCAUCCUUACCUGGCCUUUGCAACUAGAAGUCUGGAGCCCAUCCUGACGGAGAUCAACUCGUCCUUGCCGUUGUGUAUGAACGAUCCCACCAGGACCUCUUGGACUGAAUGUGCCACCAGUCGAAAAUAUCACGUGCAAAGCAAUGAGGAUCUCAACAAUACUAAGGUCGUCUUGUUGGACCCCAACGACCGCCGGCAUGGGCCCCAGCUGAACAUCGACGUCCUUUGCAGCGACUGUCCCAUUCCACACUUCUCGGAGCCUGCGGUGAAGGAGCUUUGGGAGCAAUAUCAGUCGCGAAAGAGUGACCCAUACUUCACCAUGAUCAAACUCUCUUCUGGCGGGGGUGUCUUUGCAGAAAAACACCCGGAUCUGUUGCUGUUGAGUGACGAGGAUGAGAAGGAGAAUAUCAUGAGCAAAUGGUUCAAAGAUGCCGGUCUCAAGCUGAAUGGCAAGAAUGCCUGCGCUGCCCAGCUCAAGAAACUGGCCAAGCAACACCACGAGGUUCACGACCUGGAGGACCCUGCGAUCUGA